AUGGAUGCUGAAGCUGCCCAAUACAACCUGGUAAAGCAAGCCAUUCUCCGGCACCUGAACAUCACGGGGGGGAAACACAGGGAGUACCAGAGACCACCAGAUACACGCCCCAGGGUAGUCACACAACGAUUGUGUGACCACAUGGUACGCUGGCUUUGCCCCGCCCAAAAAUUGGGGGUACAGAUGGGCGAGGGCAGACUGGGGACGGUGAGGUUCAUCUUGACCUUGGACCUGACGAUGGGUGCUUUCUCAGACAGCGGCUCUAAACCAGUAGCUCUCAUGGUGGCAUUUUGGAUUCUUGUUUUUUUCUUGGUAAUCACUGUCAUUUGCGUAAUAAAGUAUAUUCAGAUCAAACAAGGUAAAGUGAGAAAGGUGUCUCAGCAAGAAGAUGGUGACCAGAGAGCGGACAGCCCCACUCCUACAGGACAACCUACGGGGGAAGAAAUCACCUACACUGCCGUGUCGUUUCAGAAGAAAAAGCAAACCACGAGAAAAGAAAAGCCCUCUGUGAUACCUGAAGAGGUCAUUACAUACACCACACUGGAAUUCCAAAAAAGGGAUUCACCCACAGGAGAUAUGGGAACGGUUUGCAAUGCCUUCUGAUGCUGCCUCCGCUCUCUAUGCAGCUGUUGUUAAAAGACCCAACUGCCCAUGAGAAAUGCUUUCUGCGCUUCCAGACUGUCUUGCAUCAAUAAACCUGUACAAUGCAAAGUUAAAGAAAUGAUACAAACUGAUAAUCCACACAUUCUAGACUUAAAAGAAACCCAAACUAUUGCCUGGAUUCUCAUGUUUGUGUGCAGCUUACCCAGUUCUCCGAGAAUGAGAAACUUAAUGAGGAUAUUGUACAGUAUGUCAAACUGAAAUGACCCUGAUGAGGUUGGUUCCAUGAGAUGUUGUAGAUGUCUACUCUCAUUGCAUAAUAGUGCAUAAUAAUCAUUUUCAUCCAAGUAAAGCAAUGAUUGGGCAAUGGCUUUCUUUCAGUCAUAAAUUGUCGUUAAUGUGUUAAAUGAUUUCCACUUUUAUGUUAUUGUGGGCUUUCUUAAGAAACUGUGGGCCCAAUUCACGUAUCAGUGGUAAAACUGGAGUUAAGAUUGCGGGUGUGUUAGUAACAUGCCUUCAAUCUUUACUCCUGGCUCCGCUGUAAUUCACAAACGGCCAAAUGCAGUUUUCCCAUAGCGUUAGAUCAUCUCUCAUGAAUAAUUCAUUUGCAUUAAUACCUAUCUUAUUACCAUGAUGGUGAGACUCUUACCUCAUUAUCUCCUUUAGUUAAAUGCCCACACUUGUUACCUCCAGUAGAGCUAGCUGUAGGCACAUGGGGAUAAUAUGCCUUUGCUUCAAUUAAAAGUGGCUCAACAAGAGAGCAAAUUGUAACACUGAUGUUCUAAUAUAACUUUGUUAUAUGAGUUAAUUCUAGUGUUUUUUUUUUCACUUUCAAGCAACAGCAAUGUGAAAUGUAUUAUCCCAUGCUUUUCUGUGACUAAUCGUUUGUUUAGUGAUAUUAAAAAUGUGAUAUUUUUUUCCUUACAUGUCGAGGCACUAACCCUAACCCUAACCCUAACGUUAACCCUAACCCUAACCCUAACCCUAACCCUAACUCUCUGUAUAUUUAAACAGGCUGAACCAAGACCAAACUGGCCGAACAAUGCAUUAAUGCAAACAGUCUUAAAAACUAUGCCCACAGCUACUCCGUCUCUAUAUUAAAAAGAAUGAUCAUUUUAUGAAUUAUUAUAUAUAUAUAUUUUUUUAGAUAAAACAACUUCCAGACCAAGGCAAAAGUGUCCAGACGGUAUAGUUUUCAAGACUUUUUGAAUUGUUUUAGUGCCCUGUCUUUGUCCAUUUUUCAAGCACUUACAUUAAAAUAUAUGUGCUGCUACAGCUGAAUUGAUUUAGUUGAAUAGAUUACUAAUAACUAUUCAAUUAUAUUUGAAAAUCAAGGAACAAAGCAUGGCCAAUCAAAACAAUACAUCAUCUGGAAAUCAAUAUUGCAGAUAUGCAGUCGGUCAAUCCAAAAGGGGAGUAGGUAAAAACUAGACCAAGGCAAAAGUGUUAAAAAAUAUUUGAUCAUCUUAAAACCUUCACCAAAGUAUUACUCCUUCCCUAUAGUUUACAUAUGAAAAAGAAUGGCUAUUAUAGCUCUCCAGAUUUUUUUAAUUAGAAAAAAUGCCAAAAGUGCCUGGACGGGGCAUUAAAAGGACUCUGAUCAUCUCAAACUCUACAUCAAAUUAUUACUCCCUCCCCAUGGACCACAUAUCAAAAAUAAUAAUUAUUAUAGCAGCAGAUUGAAGGAUGUUACUGAGAGUAGGAUUCAGUCAAAUAUCAGAUGGUGAAGCUGGGGACUCUGGAGGGGGGUUGGGGAAGCAGACAGAACCAGCUGACGAAACAUGGGUACCGAAAGUAGAGGCAGAAGGAGUGCUGUAACUGAGGGCUGAGGUGGCAGCUGGAGUUGAAUGAAUAUAUAAAAGUGACUGCUGAGGAAGCUCAGCGCCCUUUGCGCCCAUAUUCUGGAAACAAGGGCAGAGGAGAUAAGAUGCCGACCAUCCUAUCUGUUAGUAAAUACGAGAUGCAUCAGUGCUUUGCUACUGUCAUGUCUGCUUGGAAUGGAAAAGGUUUGGGUUUUACAACUCCAGUCAUUCUCCUAAUAGUGGAACUCCUUAACUCAUAAUCAAGACAGAUUUCAGACUAGUACCACAUCUCUCACAAUGUAUUAAUGCUUGUAGUAUCUGAAAGGAUGAGCGAACAUAUGACUAGAUUGCUGAGGAAGUUGAGCACCCCUUUUCAAAGACACACAUUAUGAUCUGGCGUUCAACCCAAUGGCAAAUUAGGUUCCCAAAGCAUCGAGGAUUCUAUAAUACAGACUGGCAAUGUCCGUACUUAGUUAUACUUUGUCAGGUCGCAUACUGAAAAUCUUACCAUCUCUUUUCACAUAUGCCAUUACUCAUCAAGCUACAAUAUCGUUAAUCGAUAUUGAUGUCAAAAAUAAUAAUUAUUAUAGCAGUCUCCUUGUUUUUUUUAAAUACAUUUCCAAGCUACAUUUCGUGGUGUAAAAGAACAGCUUCCGGUAAUAGCAUAAGAAAAGGAACUAAAAUAGACCAGGCCAGCAGAUAAGAAAUUGAAAACAACUUGUGUAUUGUAAGAAAAGGAGGCUUUGCUGUCUUUGCACCCCUCGUAAGCAAUUUAAGUAAUCAUUGUAAUAAUGAUAAAGCACAUAGAAUGGCAGUCCAGUAUCGGCUACACACUGUUAUAGAAGCAGAAGACACUUCCAGAGCUAUUUUCAAAAAUUCUUUGGAGGGCAGAUUCUUAUUCAACCACUGUGGAAAUAAAAAUCCAAUCAACUAUGGAUAUGGAAAGCAUUGAAAUAAUUGAUAGAACAGACACUGCAUUUUUUUUAAAUAUGUAUAACCUAAAUAAAUAUGUAUACAUUGGAUGUGAGCAUAUUUGCAAUACGUAAUGUAAUAGGGUUAUAAUAUGUAACCCUGUGCUGAAUGUUAUAUAUCAUUAAAUUGACAUCCUUUAAUAAGCAGUCAUUCAUUGUUUAGUAACACAUUAGUUAACAAUAAAAAGAAACCAAUGUAAGAAUCAUAUUUUCAUGAUUGU